AUGGAAAAAUUAAAGAGCAGUGGAAAGGACUAUGAUCUUCGUCCAUUUAUCGUUCAAAUUAGAGAUUUAGAGACGCAAUUACGAGAUAUCGCUACAAGCGAAUACAUAAAUCUGCCGAAUAACAAAUUAUCUUAUGGUGCCAUGGUAUUCGUUCGUGCCAUGAUUGUCACAAAUGUUCGAAUUUCACUUGCACGUACUGCAACGAUUGCAGCGGCCGUAUGA